UUGCAUUUGCGCCUGUACAGUUGUAAGGAGCAUCAUUGGUCCUGAGAGAUGAGUAGAAUGUCUUUAGGGCAGCUCGACAAUUCGAGGACGGUUUAUCAACAACGGGUGGUUCGAGGUUAGACGAUGCUCAAGGCGGAGGAGUCUUUCUGGUACACUCUAGCCUCUAAUUAUAUUGGGACUUUUAAUGGCAGCAUAAAGGCUCCCUACAUAGCUGUUUAAAACAAACAUCCGGUGAAAAUAAUGGAGCUAUUGCAUAUCAUUGCUAUUGUAACCUUACAAGGUUUUAUAGAUGCGAAAAGAUGCUAUUUUCUUACAAAAACGUAUAAAGACAUUAAAUAUGACUGGUACAAUAGCAAAAUCAUUUUCCAAUACAAGAGCAUGAUAUCUAGCGUGAACUGCGAGGAUGGCAAUAUUUGUUGCAGAACAACUGGAAGAACCUGCUGUUCCGAUCCGUCUGUCUCCAAAGAUGAAGAUAUCUUUUUUUCCACUGAGUUUACCUUGGGAACGGCUUUUGGUGUAUGUAUUUUGGUCUCUGUUUGCGUGACAUGUUGCAUAGUGUACUCUAGAAGAAGAAACAACCAAAGACGAGCCACGGCUGUCAGAGUCGUUCAACCUGCUGUGGCAUGUUCCUCACAAAAUGGAACUGUUAUUGUACGAACGCCAUUUGAAGAUAAAUAUAGCGACGAAAAGACCUUAAGCCAUAAACCUCAAUUAAGAUCCCAGUUGCAUGGUGCGUCAGGAACACAGGGGUCUUUCCAGCACGGUACACCGGAGGAUGUUGUUUCGUCUGGUGAAGGUACACGCCUUUCACAAACCGCUGACCUCCCACCAUCGUAUGAUGACGUCAUGUCACAGACUUAUCUAAUUACUAGUGACGGCAAAAAUCAUAUGAGGAAAAGAGAAUAUUCUUGUGUUUGCUGUAAGAAACGAACAAACCAGAGAGAUCGACGUACUGUGACAGCUGCACAACGACUAGUUCUCCAGAAGUGGACUGUAGGCGAUGUGUCUGAGGAUGAGGUGUUGUGUAGCUUGUGUCGGGUGAAGAUACAUUCUCAUCUUAAGCAGAAGAAAAGUGAAAAACAAAACUUGGAGCAUGAGUUAAGAGACACUCCCUUCACUCCUCCAGAGAGGAAACAAAUUAAUGCUAGGAAUGCUGCAAUUCACAGUCCUCCAUCAGUAACACUGACAGUGCCCUCCACAACUUCCAGUCAUUCCAGCUGCUUCACCUGCAGAAAACCAGGGCCAAAGUUGGUUGUGGUGUCAUCAAAUGAACGUCACUCAGUUUAUUUACGACUAGGAGUAUUGAUUCCGUCAGGUUCAAGAUGCUGCACACGUCAUCUCCCCAAUGGAAGAUUCACUGAAGAGGCACUUGCAAAAAUUUCUGCAUUUUCAGAAACAUCUACACUUAAGGAGUCUCGGGGGAGAAUGUUUCAAACAUACGAUUUCCUUUAAAUUUUUUACAGUGAAAUGUCAACUUAUGAGUAAACUAUGUGCAAAAUAUAAAGUAAAUUGACCGGACAGUUUAUCUGUUUGUCGCGCUCAAAUUUUGGUCGUAUGUCCGAUUCAUCACCGACAUUUUAUAUAAGAUUAUACAAGAAAAUGAGGGUUUUCAUUUUCAAUUUCAUAUUUAAAAAAUUACAAACAUACGAUUUUCUUUAAAUUUUCAGCGAUGGAAGGUUAACGUAUAAGUAAACUUUUUGCCAAAUUAAAACGAAAUUGACUGGAUGGAUUUUAGGCUAUUCGUCGUCAUAGUUUGAUCUUACAAACGUGCCGUGCCAGCCAUUUUACAUUAUAGAAUUGUAUAAAACAAAGGAUGUUUACGAAUCAAAUUUAAUUUUAUUUGUGUUAAAUGAAAAAAAUACAUUUUCACUCACACAGAACGUAGAAAGGUCGCGUAUAUGUUUUUAUUUUGUAAAUUAUAGUUUUGAUUUUAAUUAUUGAAGCUGUAAUAGAAAAUGCACGACGUUAAUUUUUGUCAAUUAUUACGUCAGGACUCAACUGACUUCAUCCUAAGACGUUGACUCCGACGACAAUAACGUCGAUUUUGAAGAAGCGGCGAAAAAAUUAAAAUACUUCUGACAUUAUUCUAACGAUUCAUUUCACUUAAAAUAAUUUUCUGAUAAGUAAUUUUUCUGAAAUAAAAAGGUUACAUGAUAACCUGUAGCAUUUAACAUUUUACUAUAAAUUUGUGUUUUACAACAGUUAUGCGCAAUACCCUGCGCAGAGGGCGCAACAUUUUAAACCCGCUACCGACCUUAAUAGGACACCCAUUGUUGAUAUGCUCAUGUAUCUAAGGGAGAUUGCUCUGCUAAAUGGAGGGAAAAGAAUAGACUUUGAUGAUCCAAAUGCAUUGAGUGACCAAGAGUAUGUCAACCUCACUGGAAUAAAUAAAGUCUCCUUUGAUGAUCUGCUAUCAGCUGUAGAUGGAAAGGUAAAGAACACAUCCACUCGCAGUGUAAGAACCGGCCUUAGAAUAAUAAUAAAUUGGUCAAUGCAUUAUUUACGAACAGAAAAUGAACAUAAGAUAAGAAAAAAUGCAUAAAAUCUAAAGACCACGAAAGGAAUACUACAUGUCGGCCACGAGGUUCAGGUGUG